CCCCCAUAACGCAUAAUGUUGGCGAUCGAGGGGCCACAGGCUUGACUUGUGGACGCUGUUCACUCUGAAUCGGUUACAUUUGGUCCCAUCUCCCUCGAAUGAAUCUCAAUCUUCAACUGCUACUGCGAAUUAUUGUCCUCUAUCUUCCUACUAGAGAUUAGAGUGACAAUUAACUUUACAUGGCUAAAGUUCAUGGGAUCAUCUACUCUUCUGUUAAAAGUCCUCAUCAUCCCACAUCAAACAGUAACACUCAAGGAUUGGUACCAAAGAAGUUCAGCCAUGGGCAAAGUUCUGUGUUAAAACUGAAGUUAUCAGGAAAGACAAAACUGAAUACAUUUGAAAAAACAAUUAGUUCAGUCACUUCACGUGCUUAUUCUUUCUUAUGUCGAUCAAGAAAAUCACAAACUACAGAAACAGAAGAACGUGUAAACCACAAUGAAGAUUGCUCUGACAAUUUCAGCAGAACUCAAGGAGGACAUGAACAACAUAUGCAUCCAGAAAGAAUUGGCAUCACAAACAAGGCAUUAGCUGAAGCUUGUAAAUAUGCUUACAAUGAUGCUAGAUUUGUCAAUGAAAGGGCCAAAAACGACAUUUACUUACUUUCACGUGGCAUUAUGAGGUUGGAUGCUCGGGCACGCCAAGAUGUUGCUAUUCUUGGUUUAGGAUUUUUAAAACUUGAUGCUCGGGCUAGAGAGGACACUGAAAAAAUUGACAAUAAUGUGAAGAAAAGAGCUGAGCGACUUCAUCACAUCGCCCUUAUUUUAAAAAACAAAGCUGAAUCCAAAUUGAAAAGCGUUGCUGACCGACAUUGGAGUGAUGGAGCUUUAGAGGCUGAUCUCCGGCGUGCUGACUAUAUAGCCAAAAAGCGAGCCAUGGAAGAUGCCCUCAUGGCUUUAGAGUUUAUCAAAGAUGUUCAAGACAUGAUGAUGAGCAAGAUGUAUAAGCUGAAAAAUGGUGCUUUGUCAUCUGAUGACAUGGCGGGUCAAAUAACACUUGAAAAGAAUGGGAAAGUUCUAGACUUUUUCCCUGGUGAGGUGUCAACUGAUCGCAUUACUGCUAUUCAGGAGGCUUAUCGGGAUAUGGCAUCUGCACUUUCCGAAGCUGAUGGAAUUGACUAUACUGACCCUGAAGAGCUGGAGUUGUUGGUUGCAACAUUGAUGGAUCUUGAUGCAAUGGAUGGUAAAGGGAGUGUGUCGUUAUUGGCAGAGUGUUCAAGUUCUCCUGAUGUCAAUACAAGAAAAGCAUUGGCUAAUGCUUUAUCAGUUGCACCAUCGAUGUGGACACUUGGCAAUGCAGGGAUGGGAGCUUUACAGAGAUUGGCAGAAGACAGUAACCCAAUGAUUGCAGCUGCAGCAUCUAAAACCAUAUUAGAACUGAAGAGACAGUGGGAGAUAGAAGAAGGUGACAACUAUAGAUUUAUGAUGAAUCAAAUUCCAUUGCCAAAGUUAGACUACAAAGAUGAUGAUGAUGAUGAUGAUGAUGAUGAUGAUGAUGAAACACAAGACUAAUAAGGUUGACUUUUAGAAAGAUGAUAUUAAUGUAAUGUAGAUAGAUAUCUCAUAAUUUGUAACAUAUUAAUGAUGCCUAUAGGUGUUACGUCUUUUUAUUUCUACAACUUCCUCCUCAUGGGACGAUGUUCGUUAUGAUUAUGAAAUAUAGAUGGCAUUAUUAUGA